AUGUCGCAGAGUGAGCCUCAAGCAGCUGCCCCCAUAAAAUUUGAGGCAGCGGUGCCGCGAGAUGCAGCGACUGAUGGAACCGACGAAAGUAAAGGCCACCGGCUCAAUCAAAGCCUAGUCGUCUUAGCCGGCUUCUUGAUAACCGCCACAACGACAUCAUUAGUUUUCAGCUUCGGCGUCUACCAAGAUCUCUACGAAGCCAUGGCCAAAGAACCCAACAACCCCUUCACGGGCAUUUCAUCUUCGAAAAUUGGACUGAUCGGAAUCCUGAGUGUCUCGUUCAUGACAUUGGGAGGCCCGUUUGUGGCCAUGUGGGCGAGACUGUACCCGCCACAACUCGUCGUUGCGACGGGCGGUCUUGUCUUUGGUGUAGCGCAUAUCUUGGCUAGUUUUAGUGAGCGAUUGUGGGAGUUUGCGCUUACGCAGGGCUUACUCAUGGGCGUGGGCACUUCGAUGACUUUUGUCACUACGACGUCCGUGGCACCGACUUGGUUCGACAAGCGUCGUGGUCUGGCGAUGGGGAUCAUCGUUGCCGGAACGGGUGUUGGGGGUAUGAUCUGGCCUCCGAUCCUGCGCGCAAUCAUCAAUUCGCUUGGGUUUCGAGAUGCGAUGCGUAUAUCCGGGUGUAUCACACUCGCUCUCGUGGCGUUUGCCAGCGGUGCAAUGCGAUGGGAACCCAACCUGAAAGAGCAGAUUCACGCUCAAGUAGCUGUGUCAUCGUCUACUCGCUCAAAAUGGCUACAACCUUUUCAGUUUCCUUCAUUGAGUUGGAAAGUCGCUACAUCCAAUAAAUUUCUAGCCCAAGCUCUGGGCAAUUUCAUACAAUCAGCCGGCUACUCGAUUCCAUUAUUCUACUACGUCGCAUAUGCCCAAUCCCUAGGGUAUGGAGCCGACCAGGCUGCUAAUUUUAUUACCUUCAGCAAUGCGUCAAACUUUGUUUCCAGGAUUGUUAUCGGCUAUUGCGCGGAUAAAUUUGGCCGUCUUAAUGCCUUAUUUUUCACGACGGUGAUGAGCGCCGUUGCCACAUUGGUAUUCUGGCUGCCGACUACGACUUUUGCGUGCAGCAACGAGAGCAGUAAUGCCUGCGAUAAUACGAGGUCCGAUGUCCUAUUCAUCUUCUUCGUCGUUUUUUAUGGCGCGUUCGCUAGUGCAUAUAUAUCUCUAUUUCCCGUCACAUUACUUGAGCUCUUUGGUCGACAGCACUUUUCAAGUGUAAAUGGCACACUGUCACUCAUUCGUGGAAUUGGUGCCUUGCUAGGAACACCGCUGAUCAGUUUAUUGAUUCCGCAAUCGCAGUCACUGACAUCGCCUUGGGUGUAUGAGCGGGCUGUAACUGUGGUAACUGUGCUGUUGGUUGCUGCUAGUGUGGCUACACUUUGGGUUCGGAUUGAAGCCGCUAGAGGCUCGAUUUGGAAGUGGAAGGCAUGA